AUGCUGCUGAAAAAAGGAAAAGUUAAGGUAUGCUUAAAUUGAAGAAAUAUCUUUUCUGAGGAAGUACGGGCUGUGAACUUAUAGGUGUUUAAUGAAAGUACACAACAUUCAUUAUAUGUUCACUUUAUCUUCUCUGUGAGUAGUAAAUGAAGUUUUAAUCUGAUUACAAGGCUAAACAACAUUAAUAAAUAAAAACUGAAAAUAAUUUGUUUGUGACAGAGGUCUCUGAAGACUAUACACUGCGCUGAGCCGAUUCCAGGUUUUGCAGCAACGCCUAAGACGAUCUUCACGAGUCCUCAGGUCCCAGCCUGGACCCUAAGUACAAUGAGUGUUCAAGGCAGUGGUAGCUCCGACGAAGAAGAGCCCUUUAUCACUCCUCGAGAUGCUGAAAUUCUUCAACAACAACACGGCAAUGUCAAAAUUAGCAAUAUCAAGUUCGUCUGCAGACAACUUCUCCCCUUUAACAUCUCGCCUAAAGACAUCACGGGAAAAUAUUACCGAACUCGAUCACCAGAAAAGCCAGGAAAAAGUUCUCCAAAGUUGUCUUCUGGUUUAUGAGGUGGUAGCCCCGAACGUAAAAGGGAAUUUAUUUCAGGCGCCAUCCAAAUCGAGUGCAAGAGCAUCAGAAGACGAUGGUAGUGAAGAACUAUCUGCGCUGAUGACGGCAUAUAGAGAUGCAUCUUGUAAAAGAGUCAAACUACAGAUUUUAAGUCUGUAUGCCUACAGAUUCCCCACAAAAAGACUUAUGAAAUAUCACGAAUCAUAUGAGCCCCUCACGCGCAGGCAAAUUAAACAAGUCUGGAACAUGCCAAAGAAAAAGGACCUCGAAUCCCACAGGAAAAAACUGUCCAACAUCGAAUUCGCCUUCCAAUGGCAAAGGUCAAUCAGUUCGUCGAUUUUGCCAAUAGGCCUUACUUCUAUCAAGAUGUGGCUUAUGGUACUAGAGUAAUCAAACUAGAAACGGGAGAGAAACUGGCCAUGCCUAACGUCGUGUGCACCGUAACUCGAACUACCAUGAUAACCCAGUAUUUACAGUACUGUGAAGAGGAGGCGUUCUUACCCCUCAGCACCCGAACUCUUUCUAAGAUUCUUGAGGUAAGGGAGGCAUCCCAGAAAAGGUCACUUCAGGGCUUGGACAAUAGUCAAACAAGAACGCUAAGGUUAAACAAUUAGAAGGCUUUAGCAAAUUUCAUAACUUCUUUUUCGAGGGUGAAGGCAUUUGUGUCUGGCGAUGUUAUGGCAUUGGUAGUGGGAAGUUUUUUCCUAACAAGUCUUUAAUUGUGCAACCGCAAAAAUCACCGUCGCUCAUUACCAAGGAGCCAUUUUUCCCCAUAAGCGUGUCUAGAGUCCUGAAACCAGAGACGAAAACUGAGCCUGAAAGCGCAACUGUUUUUGUUUGUCCCGAGCCUGGCUGCACAGAAACGUUUGCAAGAUUUUCAGACUUUGAACUUCAUUUAGAUGUAGGAGAGCACGUGGUACAAAACGUACCGGCCGAUCUGCAACAUAAUAUAUAUGAUAAGCUAAAACGAGACCGGGUUGCUAUGUUUGCAACAGUGCAAACCGAAGAUCAUCAACCCCAGCAUUGCCAAACUGAUUCAACAUGUGCUCACAGCGAAAAAUCUGUUCCCGGAGCAAACAUAGGAUGGGCUCUGGCCAAGGCAAGAGGUGGUUCUACUCAGUUUACUGAGAAGGUAUAA